AUGGUGAUUUGUUUCCCCAAGGAAACAAAUGCCAUGAAGCCGAUGUGACCAUGAGCGAGAUUAUAUUUGAGUUCAGCUGCGAUUUCGGCGAUGACAAGAUUAUUGAGUGUGGUGUACAGAUCAUGACAGAGGAAGCUGAGGGUAGCAGCAGCAGGCAAUUGGACAGCUUUGAAACUGAGUGUAGCAGCAGCGAAGUGGACUGCUAUGAAACUGAGAGUAGCAGCAGCGAAUUGGAUUUUUACGAAACUAUCCUAAGCAUGCUCAAUCACCACACAGAUGGAAAUGGAAAUGGAAACUAUGAAGCAAAGAGUAGCAGCAUGACAGAGGAAGCUGAGGGUAGCAACAUGACAGAGGAAGCUGAGGGUAGCAGCAGCAGGGAAUUGGACAACUUUGAAACUGAGAGUAGCAGCAGCGAAGAUGGAAAUGGAGAUGAAAACAUCAAUAAAAACUGGCUUUAGUAGUUGGCUUCGGAAGUUCUUAAAAGUUGUAGUCAAGCUUUUGAUUGUUUUUUCAUCAGUUUUGCUUCUUUGUUUUUUUUUUUCCCACAGCUUUUACUAACUGAGCAAUAAAAGUUUCAGAAUCUG